AUGUCGGGUCAUGUGGCGAGACGUGCCAGAAUGGACGGCGGCCGUCUGACGAGCAGCUUGUCGCAUACGACACCGCGUAGUUUCUCGUGGACACGAACUCCUCGCCAACCGAACACCACCACGAUGAACGCGCGAUUCUCACGAAGUCAAAGCGUGACACGUGCGCGAACGUCGACUGAAGACGACGAGGAGAAGAGGGAAAUGGCCGAAGCAGCGUACCGCGAAUGGUUGAAACGGAAAGCUGCCGAGCCGCACACUCCUCGAGCUUCGCCAACAAGAGAGCAAAUCUGUUUACAUCUGAAGGAAGAUGCAAGACAUCGUGUCUACAACAACUGGUUUCAUAGUCGACGAUUUACAUCCUCACCGAAGUCCAACGGUGAAACAACACCCACUUCUGAAACUGUACUAAGGACGCUUUCUUGA